AUGUUGGAAUUAAUCAAGCAAAAAUUGAUUAAUUUGAAUUUAUUUCAAUGUGUUCCUCCAAUACAAGAUGAAAAUAUUCUCCGACAACAACGUUAUGCUACACGACUUUCUAUAGUUCUAUCAAUUAUAUCGUUAAUUAUUUUUACUAUUUUCACAUCUACUGAUCCACAAACAAAUCGUAUUACUUCUAAAUCUCCAACACCAGAAGAGUUUAUUCAACUUCAUAAGCAAUAUCCACAAACACUUGAUUGUCCUUGUACUCAAACAACAAUUGACUAUCAAUUCAUUUUUAGUAUCAAACCACAAUAUCAUGAAAUAUGUUCAAGUGAAUUUGUCUCUUCUCAAUGGAUCAAUAUUGAAUUUAGUAAAUCUUCGAUGACAAAUUUAUUAACAAAUGAUUUUCGUUAUCAAUCUCAAUUUCAUUUUCAACUUUUAUCAACAUUAUGUCAAAUGGCUAAUGAAACAAUUCAAGAUUCUCUUCAAUCAUUCUAUCGAACUAAAUUUGUCACAAAUAAACUAUUAAUUAAUGAAUCAUUUCAAACACAAAUCGAUUCAAUCGUGGAAGAUUUUAAAAAAAGUCUACCUGCAUCAUUUCAACGUAUAAUUCAAUUGAUAAAAACAAACUCCAAGAUUAAUCAAUUCAUUACACCAAUGAAUUCUAUAUUUAGUCCUGACGAAUAUCUUGCAUUAUUGCCUCUUACGCAUAAACCAUCAGAAGAAUUAUUAGACGAAACACAUUUGUGCUUUUCAUCUUCUGGUUUGCAAUGUUACCAAAAGACCAUGAUAAAAGAAAACGAAAUUAACAACAUUAUUCCCGGAAUGAUUCAAUCGUGGUUUCCUUUUCAAGCACUUUUGAUGUCAACAUUAGAAUGUUUAUAUAAUGAAACAUGUCUUUCUUACAUAAAAACAUUCAUUAACUCAACUCAAUCAUCAAUUAACAUUACUACACUAAAAUUAUCAUCAUCAUUGAAGAAUAGUCAAUAUGAUCGAAUUGAAAUAUUAACUAAUAAUCUUUUUAUUCGAUCAUGGGAUAAUGAUAAUUCCUAUGGGUCAUACUUUAAUCAAUGUCAUGUAUUAACAUGCCAAUACAGUUACAAAAGUCGAUUGAGUUAUAUUUAUGUUGUAACAAGAAUUACUGGAUUUAUGGGUGGUAUCAAUGUUAUUCUACAUAUAUUAUUGCCAUUGAUUGUUAAAUUAUUGAUUAAAACUUGGAAUUAUAUUCUUCAGCGUCAACGAAAUAACUCCCACACAGUAAGAGUAUCAAUAUCUAAACGAACCCGAUUUUGGACUUAUCUUCAAGCUCUUUGGAUAUCUAAUAAAAAAAAGAUUGAAGAAUUAAAUCUCUAUCCAAUUAUUCCACCAUCAACAGAUUCACAAAUGAUUCGUCGACGUCGACACAUAACUCGAAUCUAUUUGAUAUUAUUAAUGACAAGCUUGUUCAUUCUUAUUAGUUAUACAUUAUUGAAACAAGAGACAGUGGCAGACUCAGUUUCAUAUCCAUCAUUAUCAAAAUACGAAAAAUUAUUUGUUCAAUAUCCUGUAACAUUACAAUGUCCAUGUAAUCGUAUUACAAUCAAAUUCAAGGAGUUUAUAUCUCAAAUUGAACCUCAAUAUCAUGAGAUCUGUUCGAGUAUUUUCGUCUCACAAGAAUGGUUCAAUAGCGUGCCUGACGGAUUUCUAUAUAACAUCAAAAUGAGCAAAACUGAUUUUCGUAAAAUAAUUCAGAUGCAAUUCGAGACUUUGUCAACACUUUGCAAAAUCGCUCAAAAUACAUUAAAUAUAUCGUUGUCAAUAUUGAAAGAAACUGAUUUAAUUACAGCAUAUGUUAUUUCUCGUGUUGAAUUUGAUAGUCGAACAAAAUUAGUCAUAGAACAGUUCAAACAAACAACAUCGAAUCAGUUCAUAGAAACAUUCAAAUUAAUUCAAGCAAUAAAUCAUGCAAAUCAGCUUGGCACAUUGCUUUCCUCUAACUGGAUCUUCUUUCGAAAAUAUCCACAUAAUAAUCUCGAUCUAAUUAAAGAUGAGCUGAUUGAUGUACUAACUCGACCACAAAAAUAUGGAACACAUACUUGUUCAUGUGGAAUACAAUCGAACUGUUCAAACCUAGCAGAAUUCCCAUUUCCGACACCAAGCAAAGCAUUCAUACAACCUCUUCCAGGAUUUCUUUAUGGUUGUAUGAUGCUCGAUUCUUUAUUGCAGUCAACUUUGACUUGUCUCUAUAAUAAGACAUGUCUUAGUUUUAUACAAUCAUCUAUUUACUAUUCUAAACCUUUACCAGUUAAAGUUCUUACGCAUUCUUCAUUAACAAUGCCCAAUACAACGAUUGAAACACUUCUUAAUCAAAUGUUUAUAUCUCAAUGGUUUCAGAAUACAUCAUUUGAUCUUUAUUUUAAUCAAUGUGCACCUCAAUCAUGUGAAUAUUCUCAUGUAUUAGAAUAUAAUUCACUCUAUAUUAUAACAACAUUAAUUGCUCUAUUUGGAGGUUUAACAAGAGGACUACAUGUUAUUGUGAAAUUGCUAGCAAUUAUCGUAUACAAAUUCGUUGAUUGGCGAAAGAAGAAAAGACAAGUAGUAUCAGAUUUAACAUCAUCGAAUAUCUUUAUAAACAUUGACAAUAAUGAAGAGGUGAGCGAAGUACUUUCGAUUUCGACAACAACCGUGACGACAGUUCAGGACACUAUAACGUCUGACGAAGAACAGAACCAUCCUGACAAAACGUAUCGAGAUCGAAUAAUACUAAUUUGUUUAACUCUGUUAGGUAUAGCAGCAAUAAUAUCAGUGUCCAUUAAUUUGUUUAUUGCUCGAAAUAAAGAACAACACGUUAUUUCAACAACCAUUCAAACAACUACAGAAAGUAGUAAUAAUUUAAUAACAGAAUCAACAAUGAUAUCAACAAAUAUUUGUCAUAUGAAUUUUAAGUAUCAAUCUCAAACUUAUCCUACUGAUCUUAAUCCUGUAUCAAUGGUGAUCGGUGAUUUUAAUCAUGAUGAUAUUGUAGAUUUAGCUGUGACUAAUGCUGAUUCAGAUACAAUAAGUGUGCUAUUGGGAAAUAAUAAUGAAACAUUUCAAACACGACAACUAUAUUCAACAGGAAAUGGAUCUAGACCAACAGAAAUAGCAACUGGGGAUUUUGAUAAUGAUACAUUCUUAGAUUUGGGUUCCAAUAAAAUAAAUGCGAUUGCAGUUGUUGAUAUCAAUAGUGAUGGACUUAUCGAUUUAGUUAUUAGUCUUGAUGAAUAUUCUGAAUUCCAAUUUAGUAUCUUUUUAAAUAUGGGCAACAGAUAUCACUUUAAAUAUAAACUAUGCUCGUGUGAUGUCUACCCGGGUAAAAUCAUUUUAAUAGUCGCCUAUAAUUUGGAUAAUGAUGCAAGACUAAAUGAUAUGGCCUGGCUCACCAGUCGUGGUCUUGUGUUAACUCGCAGGACAUAUGAGUUCCCAAAUUAUCUCAAAGACGAAGUUUUAACAAAUGAUGAAAUAUAUAAAAAUCCAUCUGCUGCAGUCACAGGAAGAUUCAAUGACGAUGAAUUCGCCGAUUUGGCGUUGAUUUCUUUUCAAUCGGACACAUUACAAGUUUUACUUCGCUAUAAAGAUAAAGUGCUGUUGGAAUGGAAGACCAUUCCAAUGAUUUAUCUCACAGAUCACUAUCCGACAUCUAUUGCUCGAAUUAAUUUUAAUAAUGAUCGAAUCGAUGAUUUAGCUAUAUUACAUUGCAAUGGAACUGUAACAAUAUUUAUUGGCUCAGAUCAUGGACUUUUUGAACGAAAAGAUUUAUCUUUCGGAACUCAUAUUGGUUGCAUUGAUAAAUGUUAAUCCAUAUUAAUUUCGAUUUCAACAAUGGUUACAAAACGUUCUGAUGAUGAUGAUUCACAACAUCCUAAAGAAAUUGAAGCACCAUAUUUUCUUCAUCCACCUGUAUCAAAAGAUGUUCCAAAAAUAUCGACAGCUACUACACCAAAAGAAAUUGAACAACCAAAUUCUCUUCAUAAACCUGUAUCAAAAGAUGUUCCAAAAAUAUCGACAGUUGCUACACCAAAAGAAAUUGAAGCACCAAAUUCUCUUCAUAAACCUGUAUCAAAAGAUACUCCAAAAAUAUCGACAGCUGCUGCAGCCAAUCCCCCGUCAGUUAUCACACCAGUGAGCAGAGUUUAG